AUGACAUUGCGCCUCACGUCGGCUCCAGUAUCCGGUAUCCAGAAACGCAAAUCUGCCAAGUCGGUUCCUGCAAAAUCCCGCGUCUCGCCCUUCGCCGCUCAUGCGCGCCGCAAACCAAAUGUCGUUGCAGCCGGUGUGAAAACAGCGGCUGCAGACUUCGGUCUAGACGAACCCCUUCCCGAUGAAGGUAUCUCAUUAUAUAUCUCGGAAACCGCUUCAGUCCAAAAUGUCGAACAGGCAGUUGAGGAUGUUGGAAGUCGAAUGUUCGACGAACUGCCAGCACGAGCGGGGAUGAACAGCACACGGAUUGCGGAGGUUCUGAAUUUACGCCGAUCGCUACCCCCACUUGCUUCCGUGGCCCAUAUACAUACCCUGCUAAACGCACCCACAAGAGUGGAGCGAGAAGUAGUUGAGUUGGUCAAAUCAGGUCGGGUUCGUCGUUUGAUAAUCCCUGGGCGCGGGAAUGAUGCAGCUGGAUUGGGCGACUGCCUAGUUCUUGCAGAGGAGUGGGAACACUUGGUCCGCAGGAGCACAGCUCUUGAUACCGCUAUCAAAGAUAGAUUUAUAGAUAUCCUCAAUCGCAUGGGAACCCACUCGGCUCUCUCACAAGGAGUUUUUGCGCCCGAGGAGUAUAGAGCAUUAAUGCGUGCUGGCUUUCUUGUCUCAUCGUCGUCAUUUACACAGGGAUCUUUGAGUAUUGCAUCACUCCCUAAUUUGCCCACCGCUGCUAUAUCAUCAGCCAGUCGGAGUACAUCAGCCCAUUCUCAGCCCGACCAGCCUGUACAGAGUGACUCCCAGGCUCGGGCUGCAACCUUGUUUUUGUCGCUUCCAAACAUUGGAACGUUUCUACGAUUGCUUGGAGCAGGACGUGCCCACUUAUUGUCUCUUCUCAAACGGUCGCCUUCCGGUGAGGUACCAUUGGGUCUGCUUAAAGAUCGUUGGGAUGGAGCAGUCGAAACAAACAAAAGCUUCCAUUUGGCCAAAAGGGCUAGAGGCGAGUUUGCAGGGAUUCUCCCCGGUAAAACCAAGAAGUGGAAAGAUUUAUAUGGCAUGCAAUUCCGCUGGGUGCUGGAAGAGGCACUGGGGGCUGGGCUUGUAGAAAUAUUCGAGACAGGCAGUGUUGGACCCGGAAUCCGCUGCUUAUAG